GUCAAAGUUGGUAACGACACAACCCCUUCCCUUCCCUUCCCGUAGCUUGUGUUUUACAGCAGACAUAGAAAGAAAGAAACCUGAGCCUUUUAGAACUCGAGUCUCGUAGAAGCAUGCAAACCCUGAACCAUGUCAUAGUUUCCACUCCUACCCCACCUAAUUCACUUAACUUCCCUGCCCUUGCGUCUCUCUCUCCCUCUGCUCCCACUUUACAUUUGACUUUUCACGUUCAUGGCGGUCUCAGACGUCGAGGCAGUGCUAGAGUUCUUGAGGAACAACGGGUUCUCGGAGGCCGAGUCUGCUCUCAAAGAGGAUAUGAUUGAAAAGGGUGAACUGGGUUCGUUUGAUUUCGAGAAAUUCUUCUUCCCAAUGGUGCCCCCUCCCCCACCGGUGAGAAUUCCGUCGACUUUCCGGGGAUCGGGGAUUCCUGAUGAUGGUGAAUCUUCGAGGUCGAACUCUAGGUCCGGGGACGACGAGUUCGUGAGCUUAGGUUCUUCCACUUCGGAUGUGUGUUCUUCAGAAUUCGUAAAUCCAUAUGGAGUUCAGUCAACAUCUCAUGAUACCUCUGAAGCCUCAUCAGAAAACCUAUCUCAAUUUGGCACGGCACGCGAUUAUCAUGAUUUUGAUAUGCAAAAUGACCUCUUUUGGUAUGAUGAGAAAGAUGACAGCGACUUCAUGACUCCCUCAUUUGAUGGACCAGACUUCUUUGGCUGUCCAAGUGAGGAUAAGUUUGUCAUGAUGUCAGAGAAUGAGAAGCAACAUGGGAAUCCACUGGAAGAGAAAUGUCUUUUUUACAUUGAUCCCUUAAAUGACGAAAAUGAGGUUCACCUGGUGGAUUAUGAUAAUUUUGGUAGAAAGUGUGACCCUGGAGAAGGCAUUCAGGAGCAAACCAAAGGUGUUACCACUUAUGAUUGUCUAGCCCCUUUUUAUACAUACAGUGUUGGAGCUGGAGGAUAUUAUGGUGACAAUCUUGCAAACGGCAGCUACACGAGCUCUAAAGAAACUGAUUUGAAUGGUUCUCAGUUAAAGGUUGUAGGGAAUAUUCCCACUGACUGUGGUGCUGCUGCACAAGAUAAAAUAAGGAAGACUGGCUACUCUGCUAAAAGGGGCUGCUCAAAUGACUGGGUUGAAGGGUUUAAAGAUUCCCAUCACUUUAAUGUUAAGGUUGCUGAGAAAGAUUUCAUACCAAAUGGAGUUGACAGCUAUGAGUUUGGAGAUGGUGGAAAAGUAAAUUCAGAACCCAGCAAGCCUGAAGCUGCUGCAGAAGGGGAGGAUUUUAUUGAUGAUCUUUUAAUGUAUGAUACUCAUGAGGAUGAGUAUGAAGUAUUUGACCUACGAAUCAUACAUAGGAAAAACAGGACUGGAUUCGAGGAAAACAAGGAUCUGCCAAUUGUGCUGAAUACUGUCAUUGCAGGUAGAUACUAUAUGACAGAGUACCUUGGUUCGGCUGCUUUCAGUAAGGUUGUUCAGGCCCAUGAUCUUCACACUGGAAUGGAUGUUUGCCUGAAGAUCAUAAAAAAUGAUAAAGACUUUUUCGAUCAAAGUUUAGAUGAAAUAAAACUUUUAAAGCUUGUCAACAAGUAUGACCCUUCUGAUGAACGGCACAUUUUGCGUCUUUAUGACUUCUUUUAUCAUCAGGAGCAUCUCUUCAUUGUUUGUGAACUCCUCCGAGCAAACUUAUAUGAAUUUCAGAAAUUCAAUCAAGAAUCUGGUGGAGAGGCUUAUUUUACCUUGAGCAGAUUGCAGGUCAUAACCCGUCAAUGUUUGGAGGCAUUGGAGUACUUACAUCACUUGGGAAUUAUUCACUGUGAUCUAAAGCCGGAAAAUAUUCUUAUCAAAAGUUACAGAAGAUGUGAGAUCAAGGUUAUUGAUCUUGGAAGCAGUUGCUUUCUGACAGACAACUUGUGCCUGUAUGUACAAUCCCGUUCCUAUCGAGCUCCUGAAGUAAUCCUAGGCCUUCCAUAUGACCAAAGGAUUGACAUCUGGUCUCUUGGCUGUAUAUUGGUUGAGCUAUGCUCUGGGGAAGUGCUGUUUCCAAAUGAUUCAAUUGUGACGAUCCUUGCACGCAUGAUUGGGAUGUUUGGCCCUAUUGAUUUAGAGAUGUUGGAACAGGGGCAGGAGACAAACAAGUAUUUCACAAAAGAAUAUGAUCUUUAUCAUAUAAACGAGGAGACAGACCAACUGGAAUACAUAAUCCCCGAGUCAUCCUCGUUGGAGCAUCAACUGCAGGUUACUGAUAUCGGGUUUAUCGAUUUCGUGAAAAGUCUGCUUGAGAUCGAUCCAAAGAGGCGCCCAACAGCAAUGGAGGCACUGGAGCACCCAUGGCUUUCCCACCUGUACUAGUCCACUUCUUUCGAGUAUUAGUGGUGGAAUUUUCAUUCUUGUGAGGAUUAUUUUUCACCAUAAGCCAAAUUUCCCUGAGGGUGAGAAUGGAAUGCAUUUCUGACUUCAGUUUUGGUUGGCAUAUAUGUUGUUACAAUUUAUUUAUUAAUUAGCACAUACAUAUGUUUUGUUCAAAGCUGCUACCCAAUUCUUUUUACCCUUUUUAAGUUAUGGGGGGGUUUGUAAGUAACCAAAAACAGACUUUCCGAACCAAUUUGGGUUCUAUGUGCUGGUGAGUACAAAAGUUGUACACAGUUUCAUUCCGUUCCACAAUAUUAUUGUUCUCGAUUUUGGCAAA